AUGGGUAGAGCAGAGAUAGGAACAGCAAAAUAUGAAUCAAAAAGAUUAAAAGCGAGUGGAUUACAAAAAUUAAAAUUUUAUUGUCAAUUAUGUUCAAAACAAUGUAGAGAUUCAAAUGGUUUUAAAAUGCAUUUAAAUUCAAAAUCUCAUUUAGGUAGAAUAUCAAAUAUAACUAAUGAUAAUUCAAGUUCAAAGAUAAUUACAAAUUAUUCAAAUGAAUUUCAAAGAAAUUUUUUAUCAUUGUUAAAACAAAAUCAUGGUAAUAAAAAGAUUAAUGCAAAUAAAUUUUAUCAAAAAUAUAUUAUACAAAAAGAUCAUAUUCAUAUGAAUGUUACAAGAUGGAAAAGUUUAACCAGUUUUGUAAAAUAUUUGGGAUCAAAUGGAAUAGUGAAAGUAACUAAAACAGGAGGAGAAGAUGAAAUGGAUGAUAUUGAUGACGAAAAUUUUCAAAAUGAUGAUCAACAAGGUUUUAAUCUUGAAAUUCAACUUAUAGAUAAUUCAAAUCUUGCAAAAAUUAAAGAAAAAGAUAAUAAUAAUCAAAUUGAAAAAGAUCAAGCUUUGGAAGAUAAAUUAUUACAAGAACAAAUACGAUUAGGAAAAGAAAAAGAAGCAAAAGAAGCUAAAUCGAAAGAGCAACAAAAUGUAGAAGAAGUAUUGAAAGAAGAAACAAGUAGUGUCAAAGUUGAUGGUCCUGUUAAAAUUAGUUUAAACAAACCAGGGAUUGUUAAAAAGAAUAAGAAAAUGUUAAAGAAGAAUGAAUUCGAGUGA